UUGACCUCAAGCGUUGGCAACCCCCCGGAAACAACAUGUAUUUUUACAAGGCGGAUAUUUUGGCGAGCGUCCACCGACAUGCCUGUCUUUAGAGAUAAACAUACGUCUACAUUUUUGAUCACCAAUGACCGUGACCCUGUGAUAGAACCCCACUCCCCACCCCCUGAUCCAACAAUGAACCACCCCCAGUACACCUCUCACUCUGCGCUGGAUUGUUGUUAGAAGCCACACUCAGAAAAAGCUUGUCCUUGUUCUCAUUAUUCACGUCCUUCAUGAUUCAAUCGACAGCGUGGCUCCUGUGAUUAGAUUUUGUGACCGGUGAUGUAAAGGUUUUAAUUUGUUCCUCUGGGUAACGUUGCUCCGUGUUUCUGAGGUAAACAAUAUCGGACUGGGAAGCCGCCCGGAAUCAAAUUAAGAUUUUCUCACCCCCGGAACACGCGCAACCGUGCCUGGAUGUUUCAGACUGAGGGCUGAACGGACGUGCUUUCUGCCUGAACCUGAUCUGCCAUGAAGCCAGGAGGCUUGUAGAGGUGAGCUACUCAUAGUGGACUAUUGUACGGUUGAUUAGAGAGGCCUAUGUGAGCAGUCUUCAGUCGUCGAGGGGGCAUUCCGUUGUUGUGUUCGUGUUUGUUGGCGGGGCCCGUGUUCGCUACUGGGUGUUCGCGCCCAGCGGAGUCCACCUGACUCAACAGGUAUACUCAUACAGAAUCACCGUCGGGGCAAUUCACGAAAACUAACAAUUAGUCGCGCUCACAAGUGGAGUAAAACGUGACGGAGACAAUGCUGUUUACGGACGAUAUCGCUGGACGCCUUGCAUGGGUAAACUGUGUGUGGUUGUGAGUCGAGUGCACCGCCAGACCAGGCCCAAUCACGAUGCAUGUCUCAACCCUGCCUACAAUCGAUCACGGAGCAAUAUUUCGUGUUGCAGACCGCUGACAGGUAGUCGAAGCGUCUUCUUUGACAGAGACCAUCUGUGUACGUCCGUCAAAACGGACCAGUUGUACAGUGAGCAGCGCUGGUAGGUCUCGCAGACGGACACACAGCGGCCAUGGCGGCUGAGGAGGACGGGGGGAUCAGUCGCGAGGCCGUGCUGAAUUACCUGGACUCGCACCCGGAAUUUGCCGGGGAGUAUGUCGCGCGGGAGCGGGCUGCGCAGGGACGGGAGGGAGCUCCGGGCUCCGGCCUGGCCAACCACUGGCAGGCUCAACAGCUGCUGUCCCGCCGGAGGGGCUCCCGACACUUCGACCACCACCCGGAGACCGCCCCCGGCGUGUCCAUCUUCUUCCCGCGGCGGCCCCUCUCUCCCGCGCGGCGGUACAACUUGAGGAAACGAUCUCCCAGGAAACAGCCGUCGCGAGAGAAACUCUCCAAACUGAACGAGCUGGAUCUGAUGCUGGAACUGAUCAGGGACAUUGCCAAUGAGCUGGACAUGACCAACCUGUGCCACAAGAUCCUGACCCAUGUCGGGAUCCUGACCAACGCCGACAGGUGCAGCCUGUUCCUGGUGAAGGGUAGCAGAGACAACAAGUACCUGGUGUCUCGGUUGUUCGACGUGACGCCGGACUCGUCGGUGGAGCAGGCGCUCCACGCCACCGGCGCACAGGAGAUCCGCGUCCCGUUCGGCUGCGGCAUCGUCGGGCACGUGGCCAAGACCAAGGAAACUGUCAACAUCAGAAAUGCUUACGAAGACCCCCGGUUUAACCGCGCGGUGGACCAGCGGACAGGGUACCACACCCACUCCAUCCUGGCCAUGCCCAUCUGCAGUGCUGAUGACGAGGUGUUGGGCGUGGCGCAGAUCAUCAACAAGGCCACCGGAGGUCACGAGUUCACCGACAAGGACGAGGAGGUGUUUAGGAACUACCUGACGUUCUGUGGCAUCAGCAUCGCGAACGCGCAGAUGUUCGAGAUGUCCAUCACGGAGUACAAGCGUAAUCAGAUCCUCCUCCAGUUGGCGCGAAACAUCUUUGAGGAGCAGACGUCGGUGGACAAGGUGGUGCACAAGAUCAUGAAGGACGCGCAGGACCUGCUGAAGUGCGAGCGGUGCUCCGUCUUCCUCACAGAAGACCUUCAUGAUGAGCAGGACCUCAGUGCACACCUCAGUACUGAACCCCCUCGACCGGAUAAUCCCAAAACCUCCCUCCAGGGUGUGGAGUUCUCCAAAAUCUUUGAUCUGGUCUCAGGUAGUAAUGAGGACAAUGGCGUCCAGUCCCCCAGUGCCUCCACGGUGGCCUGGCUACUGGAGAGCGGACUGGCUAAGCACGUGGCAUCCACUGGUGAGGUUUUGAAUCUACAGAACACUAGAGAGGAUUCACGAUUCAAAUUUACGGAAGAAGCAGGGACGGGGUUCCGCAUCACGAGCGCCCUCUGUCUACCGAUCUACAACAGAGAGAGGAAGAUCAUCGGUGUGGCGCAGCUUCUGAACAAGCACAACAACGAGCUGUUUGACGAAAACGACGAGGGCAUGUUCGAGGCGUUUGCUAUCUUCUGUGGCCUGGGCAUCCAUCACACCCAGAUGUACGAGAACGUCUGCAGGCUCAUGUCCAAACAGAAGGUGGCGCUGGAAGUGUUGUCCUAUCAUGCAACCGCACGGGAGGAGGAUGUGGGAAAACUGCUGAGUACUGUUUCACAGCCAGCACAGUUGCCUGCAGCCACGAAGAUAGGACUGUACGACUUCCGCUUCAAUGACUUCGUCAUGAGCGAGGAUGAGACGGUCCAGGGCGCAGUCCGCCUCUUCCUGGAAUGCGACUGCGUUAAUAAGUUUCGCGUGCCUUAUGACGUGCUGUGCAGGUGGGUUUUGAGCGUGAAGAAGAACUACCGGCCGGUGACGUACCACAACUGGCGCCACGCCUUUAACGUCACGCAAACCAUGUUCGUCAUUCUGAAGACGGCUCCGUUUUCGUCCAUGUUUUCAGACGUGGAGACUUUCGCCAUGAUGACAGCGAGUCUGUGUCAUGACCUGGACCACAGGGGGACCAACAAUGCCUUCCAGUCCAAAAUCGAGUCUCCCCUGGCUCGGCUGUACAGCACGUCCACCAUGGAACAUCACCACUUCGACCACAGCAUCAUGAUCAUGAACAGCGAGGGCAACAACAUUUUUCAGUCUCUAUCGGACGAAGACUACAGAGAGGCCCUCUCUAUCCUAGAAGACAGCAUUCUAUCAACUGAUCUGGCGCUCUAUUUCAAAAAGCGGGGGUCCUUCAUCAGCAGGGCACAGGGUGGUGUCACUGACUGGACUGUGGAGGACAACAAAAGUCUCUUGAGAGCCAUGAUGAUGACUGCAUGUGACGUGUCUGCCAUCUGUAAGCCAUGGGAGGUGCAGAAAAAGGUUGCAGAGCUGGUGUACAGCGAGUUUUUCCAACAGGGAGACAUUGAGAGGACCAAACUACAUCAGAAGCCUAUUGACAUCAUGGACAGGGAAAAGAAGGAUGAACUACCAAAGAUGCAAGUGGGGUUCAUUGACAGCAUAUGUAUGCCACUGUACAAGGUGAUGGCAGAGAAGUGGCCCAGUCUGUACCCCCUGUAUGAAGGGUGCAGGUCCAACAGAGACCACUGGCAGGCUCUGGCACAGCAGAAGGCUACCAUCGUCCUACCAGAACAGACUGAUACCACGUCCACGGCAAAACGUCUAGCAUCUACAUCCAGCAUAGAAGACGACUACUCAGAAACAAGUACAGCAGACAAUCCAAUUGAAAUACACACUUCUGAUAUCAAUUUGACUGGGAACUUAGCUGUAUCAAGCAGAGAAUGCUCUGCUACAGACACUGUGGAGAAGUCUGCAGAAUUUACCUCCGAAAAAACACCUUUAGAACACCUUACUUUAGCUAGCAAUCCAAAAGUGGCCCAGGACACUGACAUCCAAAGAUUCUGUGAGGAAAGAAGGAAUGAGAUCAGCUGGAAAAGAUACAAUCCACCAGAUUCUAAAGGACAGAAAAUAGUCCAGGAAGCCACUCUGAAGUCUCGACAGGCCCAUGAAGAAAUCGUUGUACAUCGACAGAGGAAAACCUCCCAGCCUCAACAGCUGUGUAAAAAGAUCAGUAGAAUCAGUCUGCACUGUACAGAUCUGGAGGAGGUGCCCAGGGAACAUAUUCACAACAGUAGGGUCUGUGCUAUUCUGUGACUGCUGUGGAACUAAAAUCAUUGUCUUGUGUUAAAAGUGGAAAAAGGAUCAAUGAUAGCACCUUUGAGUUGCUAGUUACCAUGUAGCAAUAUUGUUUGUGACAAGCAACACCAGUAUAAUUAUCACAGUACAAAUCUCCCAAAAUUGUGUACUCCAAGUCCAACAACUAUUUCCUGGACUGCAUACCUGUUUCUAUGGCCAAGUGUGUCAGACCCACAGUACCAUCUAUCUAUCUAUCUGUGACAACCAAGUACUAUUCCCAUGACCUGGACUAUAACUAGUAACAGGCCCAGGUCACAUUCACUGUACGAUCAUUGUACAAUCACAAACUAAGACGCAUGUGUACAUACAGGGUAAAAGUCUGUCAUGGAUCCUUGUUAGCAGAUAGUUUUGUCAUAGCCUGCUUGAAAAUCCUAAGAUAUAAAAAUCAUACAACAGUCUAUGACGAAUGUGACCACAUCAUUAUAGUGCAUUCCUGGGGAAUUUUGGGGGGUACUAGUCUCUGAUCAGGUAUUGCUUAACACUGGUGGUAACCGGCCUCUC